AUGGAUAUAAGUAUAGUUCAAAACCGACUUGUUAAACGACAUUACAACUUGCUCAACCAAAACAGUAAAAUGAAACUCGCAGUUGCUGUAUUGUCAUCAAUCCUGUUUGCUUGCUCGGUUACUAUUGCCAAUCCAGUUAAACCCAGUGAAAGUACAGAUGUUGAAACUAGCACUUCAACUUUCAUUCCCAGUGCAACUACAUAUGUUGAAGCUAGAACCUUUCCAACUCCUAAUCCAAACGGUAUAGGCUUAGGUGGUCUUAAUCCACUUCCAGACAUCAUCAAGGAUUUGCUCGACAAAUACGAGAAAACAAAGCAUGAUCGCAUUGAACAAAAAAAAAUAUGCGACUCGUUAAGAUUUCAAUAUGAAGAUCAAAAGAAACUGGUAAAGCGCUUGAAAAAAAAGAUUAAAGCUUUGAAACAUAAAUCUCGAGGAAAUAGUGGCGGUUCAGAAUAUGAUGGUGAAAUUCAGGAGAAUGAGUCUAAUUUUGAAGCCCAAAAAGCCAAACUUGCCAAUCUUAAAAAAAGUCGCAAGGAGUGCGAGUCUAAAUAUAGGGGUAUUGUUUCUAAACUGGAACUCAUCAGCAUAAAGCUUGUGGUGCUCGUUUUUGGAAGUUGGGAUCUUAGAUCAUUUAAUCAGAGAUUUUUUCUCAUCAUCACACAUUCUUCCGUUAAAGGUUACCUUGGCGAAUUAGCUAGUAAAGGACAAUCAUCAGGACGCAAUAAGUCUCUUGGUCAAACCCCUAGUGGUGAUCAACAACAUCAAGAUCCGCAACCAUCAUCAAGUAGACCAUCUGGAUCCCUUGGACAGAGAGUUCCUUCCAAUAGACGAAAUGUGUUUUCCAGGCUUGUGGGUAAUGCUGGAUCAUUGUUUCAGCGACCCGGAGAUGAAGAUCGCGAACCAUUGAUUUGA